CCCCGCCUCAUCAAUAACACAAACAGAUGCUGAUCAUCAUCACAGGGCCGCACUGACAAUAAAUAACCGAUCAAACAUUACUGAUCUGAUCAAUGGAGGUGAAUGAAGAGAGUGCGAGCGCUCGAACAGCCGCUCAGAGACGCGCGGAGAUCCGCCGGAGGAAAUUACUUAUGGAUUCAGAGGACAGAAUGAACAAGAUCGUGGGAUUCAGCAAGGCUGAUGCAGACGGUAGUGCAGUGAGAAGUGCGAUGGAGCCCCGCUUUCAUCUGGAUCUGGUCAGGAAUGAGCCCUGGUCUUCAUCUACCUCCUCAAAGAGACUCUCGCCGCACAUGACCGAGACCUCUGUGAGCAGCAGCAAGAUGUCAGAGAGAAACGGCAGCAGUGAUGCGGUUGGAGAGGAUGACGUGUCUCGAGUGAGACCGAGACCUCGCGGGGAGUUGUCGGGGGACGAACUCACUCACUCCCCUCGCAGAGGUUUGCACAAAUACCUUUCUCGCUUCGAUGAUGCUAUCAAACUGAGAGGGCAGUUGGCCAAUGAGAAAGCGGCUCAGGACAGCGGUGUAGAAUCAGAGGAGCUUGACUCAUUCUGCCUGUUCAGGCUGCUCGGAUCUGUUGCUCUGGCUAUCUUUGUACGCAUCUUUGUUUGCCAGUAUUUGUCCAUAUUUGCACCGUUCCUCACUCUUGAGCUGGGCUUCAUGGGACUGAACAAAUAUUUUCCAAAGGUGGAGAAGAAGACACAGACGACGAUGUUGACCUCUGCUCUGCUGCUGUCUGGAAUUCCUGCUGAAGUGAUCAACCGAUCCAUGGACACGUAUAGGAGAAUGAGUGACGUGUUCUUUGACCUCUGUGUUUAUUUCUUCACCUUCAUCUUGUGUCAUGAGCUGCUAAUGCUCUUUGAUUCACAGAUGUCCUGAUGGAUCAACCUCAAACUCUCUCUCUCAUAUCAGCUAGUUUAACUCGACCAUAUAAACCCAAGUUUGCCCACGCUCAACUCAACAGUGUUUCAAAGCUGCUGGGAUCAUCUGAGACCAUAAACAGUAGGGUCAAAGACUUGAGAGAUUGUGAUUUACUCCUUAAAUGUGGCCAUGAAACCUGUGAAAAAUAUUGGUCAUUUCUUAUAAAUGCUAUUUCUGGCAAUCGGUUAUUUUAUUUUUUAUCUUUCGCUCUGCCUUCUGUGUCUCUGCCUGUGUUACAGUAGUUUACAACAGUUAAAGAUUCAGGGGGUAAGAGUUCAUGUUUGUGUUGACUGCUCUGUGAAACUCGUGAAGUUCUUCAGCAGCUCCAACAGAUCAGAUCAAACUUGUGUUUUUGCUCUCUGUCUAAAAACAACACCAGCCUUUACUAAGAUAUUAAUUAUAAAAAUUAAAUCAAAUUAUGGAGACAGAAUUCGCCCAUUUGACUGUAUUUACUAAUGGGUGACUGCUCUCACAAAAACUGUCCAGGUCAUAUUCCACCCCAGAAUCAUUAGUGACCUUCCCCAAUUAUCAGUAGCCCACUGUAAUGCAAAUAAAUUAAUGCUAGAUUUUUUCAAUUGCAAAGUACAAUAGUAUGUAUACAUCACUGUCAUGUUUGUUGUACUGAAUUGAAUUCGUGCUCAUUUCUUAUUUUAAAAAAAUGCACAAAAUACAUUGUGCCUGGACAGGAUGGUUUUCAUUACUCUAUUACAGUAAGAAAAAAGAGAUUGUGUGUUUGUGUAAAAAAUCUUAGGGUCUCUCUCUCUCUCUCUCUCUCUCUAUAUAUAUAUAUAUAUAUACACACACACAGACACCGGCGGCAAAAAGUUUGGAAUAAUGUACAGAUUUAGCUGUUUCUGAAGGAAACUGGUACUUUAAUUCACCAAAGUGGCAUUCAACUGAUCACAAAGUAUAGUCAGGACAUUACUGAUGUAAAAAACAGCACCAUCACUAAUUGAAAAAAGUAAUUUUUGAUCAAAUCUAGACAGGUCCCAUUUCCAGCAGCCAUCACUCCAACACCUUAUCCUUGAGUAAUCAUGCUAAAGCUAUUUGGUUCAUUAAAUGAAGCUUAACGUUGUCUUUGUGUUUGUUUUUGAGUUGCCACAGUAUACAAUAGACUGGCAUUUCUGUAGGUCAAUAUUAGGUCAAACAUGGCAAAAAAAAAAACAGCUUUCUCUAGAAACUCAUCAGUCAAUCAUUGUUUUGAGGAAUGAAGGCUAUACAAUGCUUGAAAUUGCCAAAAAACUGAAGAUUUCAUACAAAGGUGUACACUUCAUUCAGGACAACUGGCUCUAACAAGGACAGAAAGAGAUGUGGAAGGCCAGAUGUACAACUAAACAAGAGGAUAAGUACAUCAGAGUCUCUAGUCUGAGAAAUAGACGCCUCACAUGUCCUCAGCUGACAGCUUCAUUGAAUUCUACCCGCUCAUCACCAGUUUCAUGUACAACAGUAAAGAGAAGACUCAGGGGUGCAGGCCUUAUGGGAAGAAACAGAAAAACAAAAAGAAAAGAUUAGAGUGGGCAAAGAAACACAGACAUUGGACAACAGAUAAUUGGAAAAGAGUGUUAUGGAUCUUAACCCCAUUGAGCAUUUGUGGGAUCAGCUAGACUGUAAGGUGCGUGAGAAGUGCCCAACAAGACAGUCACAACUAUGGCAAGUGCUACAGGAAGUGUGGGGUGAAAUGUCACCUGAGUAUCUGGACAAACUGACAGCUAGAAUGCCAAAGAUCUGCAAAGUUGUCAUUGCUGCACGUGGAGGAUUUUUUGAUGAGAACUCUUUGAAGUAGUUUAAGAAGCUCUGAACAUUUUUUCCAAUUGUAAUAGUAAUUUUUCACAUUAUUAAUGUCCUGAGUAUACAUUGUGAUCAGUUGAAUGACACUUUGAUGAAUAAAAGUAACAAUUUCUUUCCAUAAAAGCAAAAUCUGAACAUUAUUCCAAACUUUUGGCCACCAGUGUGUAUAUAUAUAUUCUGUCUUGCUUUUGUGGUAAAAUUUGAUCCAGACAUGUUCUUUGUAAGAUUCACCCUAAUAGCCAUUGAUGACAAAUAUUCCUGAUAACACUUCGAAAUGUCUUCUGAUAGUGGAUAUUGACAGAAAAGAAAAAAGUACAUGAUGAUAAUAAUUAUUGGCUUUGCAGUCCUGCAGCAUUGUAAGUUGAUAAAAUAACACAAUCAUGUUUAUUUCAUACUGGUCCAGUGUUAGUAUUAUAUAUCUUCUUGUGUGCCGGGUUAAAAAAAAAAGGCUGAAUUUCCAAGCUUACAAAAUAUUGCUCAUGUGCAUGUUAUGCGAUAUGCUGAUUUUUUGUAUUUCAUUUAGUGUUCUUACAAUUAAAUUAUUGUAUAAUUUUGGAAAGGGGGAUUAGAUUGAUUAUUAGGAACUUAAUAUUAAAAUCGUCCUCCUGAAGCAGAUUGGUUCUGAUCAUGUUUACAUAACCCAGUGAAACUGAUAUUAAUGUGUUACUCUGUUGUUUUUACACUGAUAUGUAAUGAAUUUUGAACUCUUCUGAGACAAUGUUGCCUGUGAUUGUAAAAAUACCAUUGAUAAUAUACUGGAUCAGAAACAAUAAAUAUUAAUGUGACAUUAA